CAAUGGCCACCUCAACGCUGCAAUCUCCGGCCGCGUCGCCGUCCCCAUCUUCCACACCAUCGUCGGUGAAGAAUCCGCAACUGAAGCGCGUCGUCUACUCCAAGUAUCGGGAAUUGCUGGGAUCGUACAACGAUAAGGCCAAUGCCAUCAUCGACACGCUGCCUGCCUAUAUGGUGCGUCAGGAUCGUGGAUUUCAACUGUCAGAGUUGCCCCUGACUGCGGAUACCAAGAACUGCAUGGAAUCAUCCUAUGGACAACGCGGGGCAGGAGGAGGCGGCUCAGGAGGUGGAGGCUACGAGGCCCCGGCCUGCGUACAGAAUGCGAUGAUGACAAAAGACAAGAAGCCGUUCACCUACACCCCAGGCGGCAUAGAUCUCUCCCAGAUCCGGUCGGAGCGCAUGGCCAAACGGUUGGCGCGCAACGCCCAGUCGGAGGGUGCCACAGGAGCCGCCCAACAGAACAGACCCGCCCAGCCACAGUCGCCAGGGGGAGCCCCCAAUGCGGCCAACGCGAUGGGCGCAGCUGCCAUGGGGAUGCCUUUCCAGGUGCUGCCGCCGCCGCCACCGCCACCGCAACCACAGACACAGGGUAAGAACGGCACUCAAUUUGGUGCCGCUGCUGCUGCUGCACCCCCACCACCACCCCCCCAACAACCCAGCACACUAGCGCCACCCACGGGCCGACUCAGUGCCCCAGGUUCGCCUGCCACGGCCCGCAAGUCUCCGACCCCGCAGCGCUUCGAGCCUCCCCCAUUGGGCUUCCGUCCGGAAAUCAAGAUUCCGGCGAACCCAAUGGCCGCUCUGCGAAAGGUCCCACCACCGGUGGAGAAGAACACAUUCUGGAAGGAUGAGUAUGUCAAGGACCGCUCCAAGAGUCCCCUGCCAGAGACUACCAGCACCACCAGCAACCAAAAUGGAGACUACAAUGGCAGCAACGGAAGCAAUUACAACAACUCAGAUGCUGUCGAUGGUCCAAAAUCGUUUGACAACAGCAGCAACAACAACUGCAACAGCUAUAGCCCCUACACACCCACUCAGCCACAGCAACCCAAGACCCCACCCAUGCAACAGCAGCAGCAACAACAGCAAGCAUAUCAGCAACAGCAGUAUCCUACGCCGCCUGCCACUCCGCUGCAGUAUCAGCAGGAGCAGCAGUCGCCGCGUCAGGAGUUCCGCAGUGUGGCCAUGCCCACAUCGCCAGCUGUCAGCGUCUACACACGUCAGGCGGAAAGUCCUCGCUCUCCCUUCGAGCGUCAGACGGAGAGUCCCCGCUCGCCCUUUGAGCAGCAACGACCACCAGCAGCCAACUCUCCCCUGGCUAAUGCACCACAACAACAACAGCAGCAACAGCAGCAGCAACAGCAGCAGCAACAACAGCAGCAACAGGCAGCCCAAUCCGUGCCGUGGCGUACACAGCGUGCUCAGCCUGCCCCACAGCAUCCACAGCCCAUCUACAACAAUGUACAGCAGCAGCAGCAGCAGCAGCAACAAAGAUCUCGCGAUGUCUUCAGCCCAGGACGGAUUGAGACAUCAGCAGCAACCAAUUUCAAUGCACAGCCGCUGCAGCAACAGAACUUUGGCCAGCAACAAACACAAUAUCCAGGAGCAGCAAAGCCGACCAACGUUGGAUCGCUCUACAUUGCUCCCCUGGCUCAGCCCACAGAGCCCCAGGCACAGCGCAUUCUGCUCCAGCAACAGCAGCAAACACCGUCCCGCGACUCGCCCAUGCGUCAGUUGCCACAACAGCAGCAGCAGCAACAGCAGCAGCAACCACAGCAGCCGCAGAGCAACCAGCCGCUGCGUUGGCUCAGCUCUCAGCCAGCAAGCAAGGAACAGGCACCCUGGGCUCGUCCCGAGGAAAAUGGCAAUGUACUGCCCUCGACCUUGAGGCAGACCACGCCGGCGCCCCAGUCCCAGCCACAGCAGCCGCCACAGUCUCAGACAUCUUUCUACCAGCCACAAUUGGUACAAGGCAAUGGCUAUGGUCCCACUGCGGGUCCUGUUUCGGCUCCGUCAGCAGCAAUCGGUCAGCAGAACUUUGGCUCGCAUCCUCAGGCAGGGGGACUGCGCUUGCAGAUCAACUUGAACACGAAUGGCAGCAACAAUAAUACCACUCAAAGCGGUCCAAGGGAGCGCAUCAUACCCAUAACACUGGAGCAGACCCCAACCUAUGCCGCUGCACAACCCAACUUUGGUGCGCCUGGUGGGCACAUAAUACGCUCAGCUAAUCAAUUUGUCGAUCAAGGUUACAACAAUUAUCCAGCCCAGUCCAGCCACCCGCACACGCAGUGGCGUGAGCCCAGCUCCCAGCGUGUCCUGUCGCCCAACCUCCAGCCUCCUCCAACGGGCAACGGGAUCAGCAGCAGCAACGGGAAUGCCAAUGGAGCGCGGAUUAUACCCAUUUCGAUUGAGGGCGGACGGGGGGGACCCGUCUCCCAGUCUCCAGUGCUGCUUCAAAACGAUCCGCGCUCACCGCCCAUCCAAUCGAAAUCGUUUAGAAUAUUGCAAAAGAUAACCGACACGGUGGACGAUGGCAGCGGUGGAGAACCCCCGCGCCAAGAGUCCCCGCUGCAGCAGCCAGCGUCCCUGGACGAGGCCGGGGUGCCGCAGUUGCAGCGGCCCCAGUUCGCGCGCCAGAUGAGCGCCCAGCAGGCACGCAAUAGUCCGACCAUUGAGCAGAUGAGGCGCCUGCAACUGGCCCAGGAUCAGCAGCAGUCGGGUACGCCUUUAGCUUGGUCCCCGCAAGGUAACGGAGUCAUGUCCCAGAAUCGCUUUACGCCCCAACGUUAUGAUACACCCCAACAACAAUCACAGCAAUAUGUGCCGCCCAGUGAACAGCAGGUGCCGGAACCGAAGAAAUAUACCGGCAGUGCUAUACCCAGUCGAUCAUUCAAAAUCCUACAGGCAAUGACAACACCCGAAAAUGCCGAACAUAAAAUUCACACCGAGCUGGACUCGGAUUUGGAAAAUGUUGACUUGAACGAAAUCCCAAAUAAUAAUAACUAUAAUCAAAAUACUGAAAAUACUCAAAAUAAUAAUCAUAAUCAGCAUAACAAUGAGAUUAACAGUAAAACCAAUAAACGUCACAGUUACACAUCAUCCACACCCACCCCCACCCCCACACCCACCACAGACCACACCCAGGCCACAUAUUCAUCCAAUUCAUCCCUCAGCUCUGCCGACAGCUCGUGUCCCCCGCGCUCUCAGUCAGUGCCUCCACACUAUCCCUAUGCCUAUGGCUAUCCGUAUCCCUGGUAUAUGCCACCGCCCCCUGGAGAGGCAGCUCCAAUGGCCCCAUCCCAUUGGCCGUAUCCUUAUCCCUAUCCCCCACCACCGCCGGCGCAUCAUGCGGUGGAGGGAAAGCCAGCCGAUGUAUAUCCGCCCUACUCGUACUACUAUCCGCACCCGUAUCCGCCCACAAUGCCGCCCUACGGACAGCCACCAAGUGGCGGCGAUGCUCAGCCUCCGGCUGGGUAUCCACCGUUCCAUGCCAUGCCUCCCUACGGGCAUCCGUAUCCCUACCCAGUGGCCCCCAGCUACAGUCAGAGCUCCAACGAUGAGAGUCGCGCCAGCAGCGUGCUCCCGGACAUCAUCAUCACGCCCAGCACCGAUGACAUGCCCUCACAGGUGAUCAUGCAGCAUCACAUCAAGGUGGAGCCUCGCGAUUCGCCCAAGCGGGCCCACUCUGUGGAGAUCGAGGAGCUGGUGAGCAGGCCCAAGACCCGGAAUAUCUGCACCAGCAAGCACGAGGUCAUCGAUAUGCUCAGCCAGCGUCUGGCCAACAUUAACAAGAUUGCCGGCGGCAACACCCAUGCGAAUCUCUCCAAGCAGCUCCAGAAGGACUAUGCGGGCGAGCAGUCCAAGGAACUCGGAGCGAGAUCUCCCAGCGAGAACGCUUCGAUAGAUGACAGCGAUUCUGAGGAAGAGACCAGCGAUGAUGAGGACGAGGAGGAGGAUACUCCAAAGCACGCAAGUCGACCAGCUCCUUUGCAGGCAAUCAAGUCAGUGACCAACGUGCAGGUCUACAAAGGCAAAGCAUUGGAUCAGCAUUUGGACUCGGAGAGCAGCGAUAAUGAGGAUGAUGAUGAUGAGGAUGAGGAUGUGACCACAGCGGAUGAGAUGUUUGACGAAGAAGAACAGGUCGAGGAAGAGCAGGAGGCUCUCAUUGAAGAAAUCGAUGACGAUUAUGUGGUCGAAGAAGACCUGAGCGUCAUAUACGAGGAGGAAAGUGAGCUGGAACGCAGUAGUGAAUAUGCCAAGACUGUCAUCCGAAGGGACGAUUCCAGGUCCACCCUUGUGGACGACAUAGAGAAGCAAAUUGAGGAUAACGACAAUGAUGAUGAUGACGAGUCCAACUCGGUAACCGUUCGCCUGCCGUUGCGUUUCUCCUUCAGUCGCAGCUCCAACGAUGAGAACAUAGCCACCGUCCAGGUUGGCAAUACCACCCAAAUCGAAGAGAAGCGCCAGAGCAUCGUCAAUAGUGCGGAGAGCAAGCGCAGCUCCUUCAGUGUGGCAAAAGUAGAGAGCGCAGACGAGGACGAGGACGAGGACGACGACUGUGAGGUGAGUGUAACCAUAAGUCUGUCCAACUCAUCGCGCUCCAACUCGGUGGAAAAGUACAGACCUACAGAGGCCUAUUCCGUUGAAGAGAUGGCCACACCUCUCAAGGGCAGCAAGGAAGACGUAUCCGCCUCUUUCUCCCUGGGCAUGCGCAACAAGUUCUUGGGCGAGACCAUAGCCAACGAUGUGACCAACAACAUAUCUCGGGCCAAAGCAGAGCCUGAACCCCAAGCCAAAACUGUCGAAGAGACUGUCAGUGCUCCGACGGAGGACUUUGACUUCUUUGCCACGUUGAUGGCCACAAAAAUGCAGGCACAGAAAAUGAUGGAACAGUCCAAAAACUUCUGGAAAACCACCAACACAGAACCAGCCCCAUUAGAGCCGAAAGUAAAGGCUACCGACACUCCCCAACUAAGGGCCAAGGAGAACAGCGCCGAACCCAAGCCAGCCAGGCCCAAAUCGGCUGAUAUGUCUAAGGCACAGGCUUCCUUGGAGGCAGCGAAGAACAGCUUCUGGUCCACAUUCGCAACAGCUUCUCAAGAGCAGGAACAACCAGCCCCGCCAAUGGAGAAUCAAGAACGGAUGGAUUUCUGGGGGAGUAUAGACAAGAAAAAGAAAAUUGAGUCGGGAGAAAAACAGUGGACAAAAAAUAAGAAAACUGUUACCUAUACUCCCCUAAAGAAGGAGACGGCGACAAGAGUGGAGCACUGGACAACAACACUGCGGGCUCACGUGGAAUCCAUGCCAUUGGCCCAAAAAGCUGAGGUUCAUUUUGUGGUGGAAGAAAAGCCCAUGGAGAUCGAGAAGACAAAAGAGCAGGAACAGAACGAGGACUUCUCGGCUUCGGAAGAUCAGUCAAGGGCCGCUUACAAAGAAGACUUGGAGAAUGAACUUACAUUUGAGGCUGAGAUGGAUAACUGGAAUGGCCAACAGGAUGAGCAGCAGGAUGAGGAGGACGCGGACUUCUGGGCCGACAACAAGUCUACAGCGAGCAGCAACGAGGACGAGAAGGCCUCGGGACGCUUGGCUUAUGAUCCCACGAAAUACCCCGAGGAGCCCCGAGAGGUGGACACUGACGAAGAAAUUGAUUUCUGGGCCGAGAUCGAGGCGAAGAGGAAGCCAGACGACGACGAUGAUGUGACCUUCCACAGGUCGGCCACCUUCUGGGCCCGAAAAGAGCGUCAGAAUUCUGUGGAGGAAACCCCAUACAAGCCGGUGGAAAUCAAGGCCUUCAGAGCCAAGCUGCCCGAUGAGCCUGCCGUGGCAAUCGAUGUGUGGGCCACACUGGAGGCAGCACGUGGCACAGAGCCAGAGAUUGUCGAUCUCGUUGUGGAGGAGGAAAAGGUUCUCGCCGAGCAAUACGAGGAGCUGCACCACGACACUCCUGAGGAAGAGGAAAAGGAGGAAACACAGCACCAACCCGUGGACGAGGUGCCCGAGAGCAAUCUCCAUAUGGUAGAUACCAUGUCGCUAGCCUCCAUGCACGAGCCGGCCACAGUCUAUACCUGGGCUGCACCGCUGGAGGAAAGCUAUGAGGAUGUUGGGGAGCCCGACUUCUGGGCCGACAUCGAAGAGGAUCGCGCCAAGAAGGAGCAGGGCGAGGAAGUCGAGCAGAAGCGACACAACUACCGGAAGGCCAUGGCCUUCUUCAACACAUCCAUCGAUGGCCAGCAGUCGCCACCGCAGCCCAGUCCCAGUCCAACACCCAAUCGCCACAGCGUUAUCCUGGAGGCUGAGGAGCCCCAAGACCUCGACCUGGGUCCACCGGGAGAAUACGAGAUUGUAGGCGAGGAUGGGGCGAUUAUGGAGGAGCAUAAGCCCCAGACCGCUGAGGCAGACGAAGAGGAGCGUGGAGCUCCCACUCCGACCAACUUUGAGCCACACCUUCCAGAGGUGUAUGUCGAGCCCGAGCCAGAGAUGAAGCGCUUGGCCAAUGGACUGCCCGACCUGGAGGUGGAUAAGUUCAGUGAGGCACCCAAAAUCUCAGUGCGCGACCGCAUCAGCGCCUUUGAGGUUAGUUCCGAUCAAGAUGCACCCAGCUCCAAGGCAUUGACCAUUCAGUCGCUAUCCGUGGACAGCGGUCAUGGAAAGGGGACACUGUCCCGCAACAGCAGCACGCAACGCUCCGAGUCGGAGAUCGAGGAGGAUGACUCGGGCGUCACGGACAUGAAUCGACAGCUGUCAGAGACGGACACCGAGUCCGAGAGCUUCCCGGAGCUGCGGAAGAUGACCAGCUACCAGCGAGCCGCCACACAUUCCAGACUUUUUAAGCUGCUGCAGGACGAGAAUGACCUGCCCGAGGCAGCGGCCCAGGCUGACGAGUUCCAGCUGAAGCCCAGCCGGCGCAAGAUCGUCCACAAUGUGUCCAUUACCCGGCGCCAGAAUCCCAACGCACUGGGCGAGGCCGAGAGCAUGACCCAGCGACGGGAGCGCCUCUCACUGCCGCUGCGCAAGAACACCAGCAUCGAUGCGGACAAUCCCUCGACGCCCAACAGCCCGGCCUCCCCCAUCAUGGGGCCCUCGGCCAAGAACCAGCGCGUGGUCAGUGACAAGCUCGUCAACGAACUGGUCCAGAGCCUACUCCUCAAGAGCGACAGCACACAUCUGCGCAAUCUUCCCAUGGAGCGGCUGCAGGCAGCCGCCAAGCGGGCCCUGGUCGAGGAGAUGGACUCCGCCCAGGAGAACAGUUCGCUAGACAGCACGCCCGCACCCACGCCAAAGCAGGACAAGGAGUACGCCGACUACUACAACAGCUGGUGCGACGCCAGCGGCAGUGGCGAGGAGGUUGUACCCUCGAAGGCCUUCCGAGCACUCCAGGAUCCGCGCCGCAGCCCCUGGACGGUGCGCUGUCCGCGGGUGCUCAGCUCAAAGACCAUCAACCGCGAUUUGGCCAGAGUCACGGAAUCGCCAGAGAUCGCCAGCGGUCGCGGCAGUAAGAGUCCAGAGUGCUUCCGUCAGAAUUCCCAGUCCAGGGAACGGUCGGUCAGCAGUUGGCGCAGGGUCUAA